GUGUUGGGUGAUUGUGUGCUGGAAAACAAUUUCAUUUUUAAGUUUAUUUUAAUUUGUGAUUUUGGAACAGACAUUGUUAAUAAUAACAUUAAAUGUCGUUUCUUUUCUUACAGAGAAACACAAUUGUGUUUGAUUGACUGUGUCACCAAAACCACAGAUAUAUUGGAAAUUGUCUUAUAAAACGACAUUUUUGUCAACAAAAUGGAAAAGUUGAAGUUUACUUUUCAAGUGAAACCAACAACAGACGGAAAGUCAAACUAUAUCGCCAUAACCGCAAUUGUGACUGAAGAUGAAAAAUAUUUCCUUAUUCCUGAAGAAUUCCAAGCUAUUUCACAGCACACAUAUAUUCAAACUUCGAAAACCUUUGUCACAGUGAAAAAUACAUUAAAAAAAAGACAUCAAACUAGAAGUGUUUGGAUAAAAACAACAGAGGAUAUAUUAAAAACAUAUGUUGAUGAGGAUGGCAAUAUGAUUUUUCAGAACCAAUUUCUAGAGGAAACUACCAAAGAACAAUUGACUGUCGUAAGCAAAACGUGUUCAGAAGAUCCUAUAGCCAAAAUUUUAGAGAAAUUAAUAGAAAACCAAGAGAAAAAAGAAAAACAAAGCAUAAAGAAGCUAGCUGACAAGUUUGUAAUUGAAAAAUUUGAUGGAAAGAGUUCAAAUGCAAAUCAGUGGAUGGAAGUAUUUGAAAAAGAAUGUGAAAGGUUCAAUGUAUUAAAAGACGAAGAAAGAAUUGAAAUCUUUAGAUUAUUUCUUGAAAAAUCGUGCACUGAUUGGUAUUCUUCCAUGAUAAUCAAACUUACCUUACAUUCCGAGUGGUUACAAUGGAAAUCGAGCUUUAUACAGACUUAUGCAAAUAAAGGUUGGACUACUAGCAAGUAUGCUUUAUCGUUCAAAUAUCAAUAUGGAUCUUUAUUAGAAUAUGCAGUUAAAAAAGAAAAACUUUUACUAGAAGUAAGAAAAACAAUAGAUGAAGGGACACUUAUUGAUAUAAUUGCCGCCGGCUUACCAGAUUUUAUAACUGAUCGAAUCAACAAGGAAGAAAUUUUACAUACUAAAGACUUGUUUAGUGAACUUGGAAAAUUAGAACAUUUGGUUGCAAAGAAAAAAAAUAUUAAAAAAAAGACGAUACCAAGCAAGUAAAAGAAAAAUGUAGUAUUUGUGAAAAAUUAAAAAAGGGUGUACGCUAUCAUUCAGAAGAUUCCUGUUGGUUUAGAACAAAAUCAGAUACAGAAAAGGAUAAAAAGCAAAUAAAGCUCGUUAACAAUUCAGAAUUGGAAUGUGAAUUGCAGUGUGAAGAUCAAAAAAACUAAUAGUGCCGCCAUUGAUCAAAGUCAAAUUAGUACUCAAUAAGAAUGUUGAAGUUUUUGGGAUCUAUGACUCAGGCUCUAAUGUCUCAUUGAUAAAUUCAAGAUUGUUAAAAAUAAAUAAUAAGGAAACCAGUCACUACAACAAUACUAAUUUGAAAACGAUUAAUGGCGUUAAAAAGGCAAAUGGCAUAAUUACAAUAGAUAUAGCCAUUUUUGAUGU